UGUCGCCAGAGACAGGCAGCAGUUUGACACCUCGCUUCCCCCGGACACGAAGUCAGAGAUCAGCGACUAAACGUGUCUGAAAGAGCACCAAACUGGCGGUGAUGGCGACCGGUGACAACCAGGCUACUUUGGAGUCAUUGUGCAGUCAGGCCACAGAUCCACACAAUCAGGAGGACCGAUGGGACUGCAUCCAGGGCUUCUACGAGCUCGUCAACAAAGAGACUGAUGGCCCACAGGUAGCCUUACGUCUUCUUGCCCACAAAAUCCAGUCGCCACAGGAGAAAGAGUCUCUGCAGGCUCUCACUGUCCUGGAGGCAUGCAUGAAUAACUGCGGGAAGAGGUUCCACAGUGAGGCUGCCAAGUUUCGGUUUCUCAAUGAGCUCAUCAAAGUCAUAACACCAAAGUACUUUGGAGCAUGGACACCACAGACAAUUAAAGACAGAGUGACUGAGGUCCUCUACGGCUGGACUCUUUGGCUCAAAGAUGAACCCAAGAUUCAGGAAGCCUACAGCAUGCUCAAGAAACAAGGUAUUGUGAAGAAAGAUCCCAAGUUGCCGGGCAAAGUUAUAAUGCCACCUCCACCACAGAGAACCACAGAAUCUGUCUUUGACCAAGAUGACAAGGCCACGCUUUUAGCCAGAUUACUAAAGAGUGCCCGUCCUGAAGACCUGGAAACUGCCAACAGACUCAUUAAAAGCACAAUAAAAGAGGAGCAGGAGAAGGCAGAAAAGGCGUCAAAGCGUGAGUCCACGCUGAAGGAGGUACAGAGCAGUGCAGAACAGCUCAGGGAGAUGCUGGACCAGCACACAAUCAGUGGAAGCUUGAAACAACCUAGUGAUGAUUUAAAGGCCCAGUAUGAGCGCUGUGAUCGGCUCAGGCCCAGCCUGUUUCGCCUUGCCAGCGACACCACAGAUGACGACGUUGCUCUGGCACAGAUCUUGGCGGCUAACGAUGAGCUAACUCUUGUUGUGAAUGCCUACAAAGAACAGGUGGAGUGGAAAGAGUGUAACGGAAGAAAAGAAAGAAGUCGAAGUGAGGAAGAAGCAGAGAGUAAAAAUAACGCACCAAAGAGCCCCAGAGAGAUAAAAAGCUACCACCUCAUCGACCUGUCAGCUCUGGACUCUCCACAGACUCACAGAAAAGCUGAUUCACCCCCAGCCUUAGAAUCCUCUUCACCUGUAUUCUCCAUGUUUGAAAGUGCCUCCUGCUCAAAUGACCAGAAUAUUAAUAAAUCAGUGUUAGAUAAUCAGGUGACAAAAAAGACUGAAGAGACUUCAAGGUCAUAUUUUGAUGAAUUGAUGGAGCUUGAUGGAGAUUUUCAGAUGAAGAGUUUGGAGCAGAAUGGAGGAGGAGGCAUGGUGUUGAGAUCUCGUGGAUGUGUAGGGGACAGUGCGACAUUAAAUGGGACAAACAUCUGGUCACAUCCAUACAAUCAACAGUUUCCAGGCUCAGGAUCUCUGAUGAAACAAGAGGAGAGCUCGUGUCCUUCAUACAGCCUUAAAAAAGUCUUUGUACCAGUGGAGACCAUCAAGUCCAGUCACCUGGAGCCGAUCACUUUAUACGAUCACAACGGGAUCCACGUCUCCCUCCAUUUUGCUAAAGACUCUCCCCCAGGUCAUCCAGAUGUUGCUGUGGUUGUCAUCUCUGUCGUUAACACAUCUGCCAUCGCUGUGAAAGACUUCCUGUUUCAAGCUGCUGUCCAGAAGACAAUGUCCAUGAAACUUCAGCCCGCCUCAGGGACAAACCUUCCUCCUUACAAUCCUCUCCUUCCUCCUCCUGCUCUCUCACAAGUCCUCCUCCUGGCCAAUCCUCAAAGGAGAAAGCUGCGUUUACGCUACAAGUUGACAUUGACACAAGGAGACCAGGCGCUCAGCGAGACCGCAGAGAUCGACAACUUCCCUGAGUGGACGUCUCUGACCGGCCAAUUCAAACUUUAAAGACAGACUAGAAAACAAUGAACAUUUCUCUGGAUUUAUUCUUUGAAAGAGGAAUAAAAUGAUUUAAGAGAAGAGGAAACUGAACCAGUAAAACUGAUCCUCACAAGGUAACAAACAACGCGGUACACAGAUAUGAAGUCUGUAUUUUGAUAAGGAUUUGUUUUUCAUUGAAAGACUUUUCAGUAUAGUGUGAUGCAGUUAUGAUUGAAGAUUUUUUUUUAAAUGCUCGUCUUAAAGAAACCCUCUGUGUCACACAUGCUGUGAAAAAACCUUCAAGGUGGGUUUUGGUACAUCCCGGAUUUCUAAAUCAGAACGUCAUAAAUGCUGUGUCUUCUGUCCUGUUUUUGCGAACGCUGCCUUCUCGGUGUUAAAGCGGACUGAUGAAACGGUUUGUACACUGUACACUGACACAUGGCUGAAAAGGCGCCUGUGUGUAGAAUUGGUAUUUAUUUUGUGACACUGAGGAUUCCCAAAGUGCCUUUAGACUAAAGAUCGUUAUGUUUUAAGAUAUUUAUUUUGAGAGUCGGGCCUCCUUUAGGAGUAUUUGUGUGCAUGUAAGAAACCUUCAAUGUUUUUUUUUUUUUGCUGCACUUGAAUGCAAGGUUUUAUCUUUUUUGCUUUAGGUUGUUCAGAAUGAUGAAAACAAUACAGCUUAAAUGACUGCAACUUAAAAUACAAGCAAAUGAAGAAAAAAAUCUCCACUAGAAUGAUUAAACAAAGGCAGUUACUGAGGAAGUUUUUGGUUCAUUGAAUAAAAACAACAACAAACAUGUAAAAGCUAUUUUAACAAUUUAAAACGAACUACAAACCAGGGCUGGGUAUAAGGACCAAUCAUCAUGUGUUAAUAUUUUUUUAGUUUAAUAGCCAUACACAAAAUAUUCCAUUCUUAUUUCUGUACAUAAAAAAACAAAUGGUCAUAAUGCCAGAAGUCUGAAUUUUAAAAUGAUUCAAGUAAAAAUUAGAAUAGAAACCCAGAUAAGUACCAAAUAUUUUUAAGUUUAAUCUCUAAAAAUUGCAGACAGAUCUCUAUGUACUGUCUAAAUUGCACAAAAACAUCAGCAACAUUUCGAUAUAUUGAUGUUUUGUCAAAAUCUUCAAUACCCUUAAAUACCCUGUUUCAAAAAUAAUAAAAUCUCCUUGAUUUCAGUUGUUGGUGGCAUAAAAAGUACCGAAAUAUGUUAAUAUUCAAUUAUAUUUCUUCACCAAAAGAGAAAGAGAGCAUUGUCUGGAUUGCAUAAAUAAUUAGGCAGCACUUAAAAAAAAUAGGUCUAGCUGCCAGUUAACCCCUUUUCCAAGAAUGUUGCCAAUGUAUUUGGGCAAUUCAGUGUACAAGAACUUGUCUGCGUUUUUUGAUCAUUAAAAACAACAAAUUACCCCAAAUUUGUCAUCGUGGACCUCUAUUUUUGUCACUUUGGUAACAAGCAAGUAUCAAAAUAAUUCACUUUUUUUCUAGUAACAUUAAUUUUCCUAAAUUAAAUUUAAUAAAUGGAACAAUAAUUUCCCAUGUAGACUAAACAUUUAAAAUAGAUUACCUAGUUGUCCCAAAGCAUCCUACAGUUAGAUAUAUUUUAACUGAGCAUGAACCCUGGUAAAUAGUUUUUCCCUCAGCAUCAGUAUAAAUUACAUCAAUAUUAAUGAUAUUGUUUGACUUUCUAUUUGAAAAUACAUCAUUACAUUUCAAAAUUGACUUUAUUGCCCACACCUGCUGCAAACUUCUUUAUCUUUGAAUACUCAGAUUGCCUGUUCACUGUGUGAAAAGUUUCUUCAUGAAUUUGUGUUUCAGAUUUCUUAUGUUUAUAUAUUUUAUUAGUUUUACAUUUUCAGCUUUUUUCAAAGACUUAGAACUUUUUCAUGAAAUAGUGGAGACGCUUUCUUCAUCUGCUUGUGUGUUUUAAAGUGACGUUUUGGGAGUAGAUUUGGUACUAAGGUUGACUUAGUUGAUGUCAUAUGACCAGAACAGUGUCUCUCAAUUUUUGCCUGACAUCUGAAAGCUUUAUCAUUUGAUUACAGACGAUCAUAUUCACUGCACAUUAAUCUGAUUUACAUUCUCUCACUGUUGCACUGCUGCUUUGUUUGAUUUUUGAAGGAUUUCACACCAAUUUAAACAUAUUCUCACCCGCUGUCUGUCAGUCUAUCGGUGUACUGCUUCAGGAAAUGUCACAAAUAAAUAGAAAAGCGAUCUGUAAUUCAACAAACUCAAAUGAUCUGUUUGCCAAAAUUGCCAAACCAAAAAUAAUAAAUGUUUUUUAUGUUAA